CGUUGGCGACGUUGUGGAAAAUUGAGUGAACUAGGGGAAAAUUUUGCGCUUGCUUCUUGUUGCAGAUUUCUCACUAAAUAUCUCUUCAACGUCAAAAUCAGUUGUUUACAUCUAUUGCUCCAUCAUCUCUCUCGACACCUCCGUCUCCUCCUCCGCAGCUAAUCGCCGCCCUCCUCUUCCAUCAUGCUACUAUAUGUUACCUGGAUUUCUCUCCUCCUAGUUCUCUCCAAUGAGCUCACCGCCUCCGUCAACGCUCACUCCACUGACGCACUCCUCCUCCUGCCCACUCACAGCCACGCCGCCGUUUCUGGUCAACGAUGCCCCGCGCUAGACCCCAAUCUCAAUUUCCGACCGGUCAUCGGGAUCGUCAGCCACCCUGGAGAUGGCUGCUCCGGCCACCUCAGCAAUGCCACUAAUGCAUCUUACAUAGCUGCUUCUUAUGUGAAAUUCGUUGAAUCUGCUGGCGCCAGAGUCGUUCCCCUCAUCUACAAUGAACCUCCGGAGGUUCUGUACAAAAAACUCAGUUUGGUUAAUGGAGUCAUCUUCACUGGAGGGUCAUCCAAAACUGGUCUCUACUUUGAGGUUGUCACAUCGAUAUUUAAGGAUGUCCUGAGAAAGAAUGAUGCUGGAGAUCGUUUCCCUUUGCUUGCUAUCUGCUUAGGUUUUGAGCUUUUAACCAUGAUAGUGAGUAAGGACAACAACAUCCUUGAGAGAUUUAGUGCAUCAGAUCAAGCUUCAACGCUCCAAUUUGUGGAAAACAUAGAUAUUAGUGGAACUGUGUUUCAACGAUUUCCUCCAGUUCUGCUGAAUAAGCUGAGUACGGAGUGCAUCGUGAUGCAAAAUCAUAAGUUUGGCAUAUCACCUGAAAAACUCCAGAAGACUGAGAGUCUUUCUAGCUUCUUUGAGAUUUUAACAACUACUGCAGAUAGUGAUGAUAAGGUCUAUGUCUCAACAGCCCAAGCACACAGAUAUCCAGUGACAGCUCUUCAGUGGCACCCGGAGAAAAAUGCUUUUGAGUGGGCCUCAUCAAGUAUUCCACACUCAGAAGAUGCAAUUCAAGUCACUCAAAACGUGGCCAAUUUUUUUAUAAGGGAGGCUAGAUUGUCUACGCAUAGACCGCCUUCCCAGGAAGUUCUCGACAACCUCAUCUAUAAUUACAGUCCUACAUAUUGUGGAAAGGCUGGGAAGGGGUUUGACGAGGUCUACAUUUUCAGCUAAUUCUGGUCCGAAUGUAAGUAUUGAGGCAUCCAUGAUUGCAAUUUCUUAUCACCAUUGUAAAUGUCAUUGCCUUAAAUGUAUGUCUUAUUGUUGUCUCUUGUCUGAGAUAAAACCAACAGUCAUAAUCUAUUUCUCAAUUUGUACAGAUUCAGAAUCAAGUAAAACUGCGUUUAGCUUAUUUACA